CAACGCUUGUGUGUGGAUCUUUAAGACCUUAUAAUCGGGUGAACCGCGGUCAAUCGAAUUGGCCAGCGAACCGUUUCGGGCGCUCGUCGAACGGCAUUGGGAUCGCUACAGAGCGGGCAUAACAAAAAACACAAAAAAAAAAAAGAAAAAGAAAAAAUGAUAACGAUAGUAAAUGCCGCGCGGCGCUAUCGGCCUUGGGCGCGUUUUCACCGAGCCCGCAGGUCGAGGGCACUUCCGGUUUCGAUGCCGGAUAAAUACCGACGAUCCGGCGGAUUGUCGAUCAAUAUCAUUCGCCGUCCCAUCAUCAGCUUCCACAAUGAUGUUCCCGACGGUGCAAAUCGCAGUCUUGUUGAUCGCCGGAUUCGUCGAAUCGUGCAGGGCGUACGUAUACUCCUCGAACCACCGCUCAGAGUCCGGUCACAGCAGCAGUUCGUCCCGUGAGUAUAAUGUACACGUUAAAAUUGUAUUGCGCUACAAACUUUCGGUAGGACUUUGUGAGUCCUGUAACCGUAUCGGUUGUUAUGAUAAUAUUAUUGUCGUCCGUCCGUCCCUACUCCCGCUCUACAACAUCGGCUGACAUCGACAUUGGCGUUGCCGUCGGAAUUAACAGCGGUCCGUUUCUCAAAAUUGAUGGUCCUCUAUCGUACAGUCUAUUUUUGGUAGGCUCGGUCCGGUCCAGUCUGGUCCCGUUGUUUAUUUUAUCAGGUCCGAUCCUGGUCUUAAUAAAUUUUUUUUCGCGGAGGUCCGGUUCGGUCUCUCGAAUGGAUAAAACGUGCCGUGCAAAGCACUAGCUAUACAAAGUUGCAAAGUUUAUGGACAUAAUAUUUGUAUUUUAAUAUUUUUUUUAGCACGAAAAACAUCGUAUAGCGCGUGUUUUUCCUUAAUACCGUUAUUUGAAUUCUACUUUUAAUCUCGAGACUUUCAUAAUUCGUGUAUAAUUUUAUCACAACAUAAUAACGUGUGUUGUGUAUCGCUGUCACCAAUAACAUUUUCCUCGUCAAAGGAAUUUCAUUAUGUUUAAUACCUAUAAACGUUUUCCCCGUACAGAUCGCAAAGUAGUUGUAGCUGUACGCAAACGAAUUAAUAUUAUUCUUGUGUGAAUAAUUAAAAUUAAAAUUUACUAGAUGCCCGGAUUAUUAGUAUCUGACGAAUAUCAAUUAAAUUCCAAUCAAUGGUACUUAGAAUACCCGCGACACAAGCCAACAAAUAAAAUAUAUAAUGUAAUUAGAUUUCUUUAUUAAGUUCACUUUUUAGACUGUUUAAGCAGCGUACGAAACGUCCACUCCGUUUUCCAUUAUCCGAUCGAAUUACAAAAAUAAAAUUGAAUCAUCACAGCCGUUCCAAUAUCAAAUUCGUAUAGUUACUACUCAUAGACAUUUCGAAUGCUAUAUAAUUUGUAAAGUUCUAGAGUUACAAGGGUAAUAUAUAAUAAAUAGGCAAUGAUUAAUAGGCACUAUAUGGUAUAUAGUUUUCUUUCUAAUUUAGUUUAAAACUACCAAUUUCAUAACAUAAUUCGUAUCAUUUUAUUAAAUUAAAACCAAUAAGUAAUUUUCACACAUUAUAAUAAAUCAAAACAAUUUUAUAUGGCAUAAAAUAUAAAUUGUUCUAAUUGACACUCGUCGUAUACUCAUUUGUGUUAACCUACUUUUCAUUUACAUUUAAUUUAAUUUACAUCAGUCAAUUUCUGGACAAAUAUAUUAAUUGUUAUAUUUUAUAAAUAAUUUUAAAAUUGUUUCGACUAAAAAAAAACAUGCUCUUCAAGACGCCAAGCCAAUUCUACCUGAUAUACAGACGCUUUCAUAACUAAUAUUCUUAUCUUCAACGUCUUUCUUAACUAAGUACUUUUUCCAACCUCAUUCUAGAUCUUCCUACAAUGUGUCUUUUCACGGUCGGAUUCCUUUCCAACAUCACACAAAUAACACGAAAUAAUGAGUUUUGAUAUUUACGGUCGUACUCUGCCACUCGUCAUCUCUUGUCACUGAUGGUUUCUAAUGAUGGUUAUACAUGUAAUUAUAAAUACAGAUUGUUUUUCCUAUUUUUAUUUUAGAUAACAGUGGCCACGCGUAUAGUUACAAUAGUCAUUCGGCUCAGGGUCCAGGUUACAGUUACAGUUACAGUCAUUCGGACGGCGGUGUUUCUCCAUUGUUCUUGCCCGGAUAUGCGACCGGAUACCACUCGUACACUCCUCUUUUCAUUUCACCGAUCGACUUCGAUAUUGACUUCGAUUUAGAUAGUGACAUAGACCCCGAACUAGAUUUCCUUAUCGACACAGACCUGGAUCUCGAUUUGGACUUGGACUUUCCCGGUAUUGAGUAUGGUCUCGGUUACAUCGGGAAGUACGGACACUGGCUCAGAAAACCGAAGUACGGCUUUUCCCGGUUGUACGGGGGAUCCGAUUUAAACUUGUGGAACUACGGCGGAAACUACGGAUACGAUAGUAUUGAUCCAUCGCUAAGUUUUUUCUAAUAAAUAUUUGUAAAAAUCGUGUACCUAAUAGUAUAACUUUUUUUUUUUAAAUAAUGCAGUAUAACGAUGUA